AUGAAGGCAGACUUGUAUGCAGACGAGUUGAGGGGUGGUUGUUGUGAUGGUGGUGGUGGUGGUGGUGGUGGUGGUGGCGAUAGUGGUGCUGAUGGUGGAGAAGGAUUAUAUAGAAAUGAAUGCUCCGUCAGUUUGCGGUGUUUGUUUGUGUACUCUCACUUGGCCCUGUUGGUCAAUUUUUCGAUAACUUCACCAAAUAUCUCGGCCUUCUGCGUAAUUCCUUCGAGUUAA